GUCUUGUGGCUUGCGAUUGCUAAGCACAUCCAGAAUCCGCAAAGGUAUCUCCGGCGUCCGCCAUCUUUAUGACAUCAUCGCGUCGCUGCGACGCCAUCUUCAGCGUAGCCCCUGGAAGCUACGUUCUUUUCCCGGUGUUCCUAAGAGGGCAGCCCUUGUGGUUAAGAGCCUUGGGCGCGGGGUACGCUGGGAGUUGUAGUCCCGGCGGACACAGCCUUACGGAGUCUCCGGAAGCAGAGGCGUGAGAGGCGGGGCUGUGCGCAGGCUCUGGGUAGCGGGACGGCCGACAACUGCGGGGCAUUGCUCCUGGGGCAGGUCAUGAACGGGCCGGCGGACGGCGAAGUGGACUACAAGAAGAAAUACCGGAACCUGAAGCGGAAGCUCAAGUUCCUCAUCUACGAACACGAGUGCUUCCAGGAGGAGCUGAGGAAGGCGCAGAGGAAGUUGCUGAAGGUGUCCCGGGAUAAGAGUUUCCUCCUAGACCGACUUCUGCAGUACGAGAACGUGGAUGAAGAUUCUUCUGGUGAGCAAGGUCAUGAAAUAUUAGUGGAGGAAGUGGCUCCUGGCACUUCAGCAAGCUUCCUGGGCCCCUCAUUAUAGGCUGUGGAGGCUGAUAAAACCUCCAGUGGUUCUUAAAUCUGUUGCUUGCCCUUCACCUCUACCAUUCUUUCACUCGAGUAUUUAUUGCUUUGCACAGGGGAUACAGUGGAAUUUGCGUUCUGGCUGGGGGUAACAGGAAAGCAAAGAAACUAGGAUCUUAGAUUUGAAAGGAAUAAAAUCAGGGCUGUAUGGCAGUGAUCGGAGUAGAGCAGGGGUUGAUAAGCGUUUUCUGUAAAGGGCCAGAUUAAAAAUAUUUCAGGCUUUGCAGAACUGUUGCAACUACCCAGUUCUACUGUUGUGGUGCAAAGGGAGCCAUAGGUGAUAUGUAAAUAAGUGAGCAUGGAGGUGUUUCAAUAAAACUUUAUUUAUGGAUACUGAAACUUGAAUU